AUUAAUAAAAUACAAAUUGUAUCUAAAUUGCAAAAUAUAUUAAAUUCAUAAGCAAUUGUGAUAGUAUAAUAGCUAAAAACAAUAAAUUCCCAUUAUUAAGGCAGUUUGUUUUUGUUUUUAAUUUGUUUGAAAAUACUUAAAAUCUACUUAAAAGCUACUUACAAAAUGCAGAACAAACUUUUAAUAAUUCCACUAUUGAUGUUUUUUGGACAUGGAUGCAAUGGAGAUUAUACGACUAAUGAAUGUUCAUUAUUGGGUUUCAAUAAAGCAAAUCUUUUGUGUUCAUCUUGUGAUCAACUUAAAAAGUUCCAGUUGACAUCAUUAAGAGAACACUGCACAAACUGUUGUCAAAUUGAUGAAGAAAAGUCUAUUAAAGUAUAUGCAAAAGCCAGAUUGGAAGUCUGUACAUGUAAAUUUGGUGCUUAUCCUCAGAUACAAGCGUUCAUAAAAAGCGAUCGUCCCAAUAAGUACCCUAACUUAACGAUCAGAUAUGUACGUGGGUUGGAUCCACUAAUUAAACUCAUGGACAGCAGUGGAAAUGUGCAAGAGGUUUUGGCAAUCGAACGAUGGGACACCGAUACAGUGGAUGAAUUCUUAAGUACUCAUUUAGAACGCAUCGAAGACGAUUACCGGUCAAAUCUAGUGUAAUCGAUUGAAUGAAUACUAUUAUUUUUUAUCGCGUUUUCUUUAUAUAUAUAUAUACUUUAACAGUCAACAAAAAUUGUAUAAUGUUAAUAAUGUUCGUAUCCAAGUGUCAUAAUUAUUACAUACGAAUUUGGCUGCACGCGUGUAGUGAGAUACAUUAUGAGAAUUACAUAUUAUAUGAAUACGGAAUAAUAUAACUUUGUGUACUUUACUGCAGUGAAUUAUUAUUGUUGUUGCUAUUAUUGUGUUUUAAGUGUACGGAGAGAGCGUGAACGCGAUGUAUUAUAAAAUAUAAGUAUAAUAAUGUAAUGUAUGAAAUGUUAUACAAACCACAAACGUAUAUAGAUUAGAAUAAUAAUAACAAUGUAAUAAUAUGUUA